CUCCAGUACAACCACAAGGACUGACAGAAGGAUGACGAGUGAAUUUAAUUUCAAAUACGGAUACUGGAAUUUGUACAGAAGACUACACCUGGUGGCGUUAUGCGUUUAUUAUUAUCAUUUUUAAUCGUCAGACUUUGGAGCAGAAGUGGAGGACUUGGAGCCCCCUCAGGUGUUCAUUUUACUGACAGAAGAAAUCGAAGAAAAAAUGUCCUCUCUCAUCAUCUACCUCAUGUCUGUAUGGAUUUUGGACACCUUUGCUUAAACCACGCCCUCCCACAUAUGUGCGAACCUCCUCUCAUCUUCCUAGAAUUUGUAUCCCGUGAAUCAAUUGUUGUUCAUCAUUCUCCCGUGCUCUUUACUGGUAUAAAGGUUUUGCCAAACUGGACUAGACUGGAUUUACUCUGUGAUCAGAUUGCCUACAUCCAAAGCCAUCCAAACAAGAUUCCCAGUCACGAGCUUCACCCAGGCCAUGACAAAACAAAGGGUGCUCAUUUUCCUAUUCUGCGUCAUCAGUGUCUGUGUGUUUUUGGGUGAACAUGUGUCAGAGAGGCUUUGGGAAAACUUCCUCCAGCAUCAGGACACAAGUCGCUGUGCUUGUGAGAAAUGUUUAUCAGAUGAAGAUCAGUGGUUUACGCAGCGUUUGAAUAAAUCAGUUGAACCAUUUUUGUCAUCAAAAUACAAACUCUCAGAGGAUUCUUUCAGGUGGUGGACGGGUUUACAGGCCGAAAAACGCAACUUUGAUUCCUACAGUACAACAGUGAACACCCUGUUUAAAAUGUUCCCACCCAGUCCAUCUCUCAUAGAGCCAAGCCCUGGUCGUUGUAGGACUUGUGCUGUGGUGGGAAAUUCUGUUAAUUUGCUGGGAUCACAUUAUGGACCUCUGAUAGAUUUCAAUGAUGUCAUCAUAAGAAUUAACUAUGGCCCUACCAAAGGUUAUGAAGCAGAUGUUGGGAAAAGAACAACUCAUCGUGUCAUAUAUCCAGAGAGUGCCUCGGACUUAGAUAACACCACUCAUCUUGUGUUGGUUCCAUUCAAGAUACAGGACCUUGAGUGGCUCAUUAAAGCCCUCACUACAGGAUUUUCUGGAACGUCAUACGUGCCAGUAAAAUCAAAUAUCAAAGCUAACAAGGACCUGGUGAUGGUGGUCAAUCCUGCUUUCAUGAGAUAUGUUCAUGACACAUGGCUGGAGAAAAAGGGGACAUAUCCAUCCACUGGCUUCAUGACUUUAGUUCUCGCCCUGCACAUCUGUGAUGAGGCAGUCAAACAUGAUCACAGACUCCAGUGUUUGAAAUCAGAGUCUUUGCUUCCCACUUUGUGCAGCAGAUCAUUGAGAUGUGAAACAACAUUCAGCCUGGAGCAGUGGCGGGACAAUGAUGACGGCGAGCAGGAAUGUGCUCCAAGUUCCUCUGCAUCUGCCACCCCUCCAGCACCACUGUAUGGUCGUUGGCAUCAUUGCAUCAGCAGUAUGACCAAAAUCUACCCCGGUAAUCCAUGUGCUGCCUCCUCAUGA